CUCCCCGCCUCCCCUCCCGCUUCCCUGUCCGUCUCCCGCUGCCGUCCCGUGGAUUCCUGCCCUGCUUCCUUCCCUAUAUCUUUCUCCUCUUUUCUCCUCUGUACCCCUCCUCCCCUUUUCCUUCUCCUCCUUUUCUUAUCCCGCUUUGCUCCUUCUUCAGCUUCUCCUCCUCUCUACCCUCCCCUUUACUUCCCCGUUCUUACCCUUCUCCUUUUUCCGUUUCAUCCUCCUCUUUCCCUUUAUUCCCUUUCUUUACUCUCACCCCUUCCCGCCCCUUCCCACUCCUCUCCCCUUUUUUCUUAUCCCUUCCUCCACCCCUUUCCUGUCCUUUCCCUUCUCUUCCUCUUCUCGCCUUUUCUCCCUUCCCCUCCCUCCUGCCUCCUGACCCCUUAAAGUUCCUUUCCUCCCUGAUCUCUCUCUCCCUUCCUUCUCCCCCCCCUUCUUCUGUCUCUCCCUCUCUUUUUCUCUCUUUCCUCUUCUUCUCUCCCCCUUUUCCAGACUGUUCAGGUUCCCCCUACUAAUGGAUGGAAGGAUUCCCCCUGGAGCUGAAACUCUUGGGAUGAACCUGCUCCCAGGCCUGCACCCAGCCUCUGAGCCUGAGCUUAGGGGAGAAAGGGCAUGCAGUGGCAUUGAUUCAUUCAUUUAUUUAUUCAUUCAUUUAUUCAUUCAACCAAUCAUCUGCAGGCCUUGUUGUAUCCAUCCCUGCUAAACCUGGGCCCCAGAACUCUGCCUCUGAGGACUCUGCUCUUCCCCAAGAGGGAAGUAUUCAGGAGAGAAUGGUCCCUGUGAUUCCAACAGCCAGGUGCCAGAUGAGGAAACUGACUAAAUGACUAACCCAGUUGAUUCCCAGUGGGGAGCUGUCUACAAUGGGAACUCACCUACCGGGGGCCAGGUAUAUGCAACCCCUCAGCUUAGCCUCUUAAAAAAGAGAAAAAGGACAGUUGUCAUCUAACUGCUCUGACUUUGCAAAAGAAUCAGUGGCAUUCAAGGAUGUGCCUGUGGACUUCACCAGGGAAGAGUGGGGGCAACUGGGCCCUGCUCAGAGGGACUUGUACAAGGAAGUGAUGCUGGACAAUUAUAGGAACCUCAUCUCCCUGGGGCUUCCAGUUUCCAAACCAGAUGUGAUCUUCCAGUUGAAGAGAGGAGAAGUACCAUGGAUGCCAAACAGAAAAGACUCCAGCGACACCUGUCUGGACCAAGAAAGACGUCCAACUCCCGCAGCCGGCCAGCCGCCAUGAAGCCCUCCAAGCUUGAGCCUGCCCUGACCUCGGACUCCUCGACGAGCAGUAAGAAAGGGGCCAAGAGGGAGCGGACCAUGUUUAACGAGGUCCAGCUCGACGUUCUGCUGGGCGAGUUCCACAAGAACCCCUACCCCAACUACUCCGUGCGCAGCGAGCUCGCCAACCGCCUCGACGUGCCCGAGUCCAGGAUCCAGAAUUGGUUUCAGAACCGAAGAGCCAAGCAGUCAAGGCAGCUGAAAGAAAAAGAAAGCUUGAAUUUAUCCGGGCAGGCCCAGGACCAGGGAGAGCAGAGCUCCUUGGUCCACGGCCCGAGAAAUCCUCAGACUUCAACUCCCAGCCAUGUUCCCCAGGAGAGCCUCGCAGAGGCCCAGUUAGCGUGGCCAAAUAGGUCCAGGUUCCCCUCGUCUAAGGUGACCAAGGCGGCCCUUGGGGAAAGUCCUGGCUUCCCAGAGACAGUGGCCCCAGCCUCAGCCUUGGCCAAGGAGGCUUCCACGAGCCCAGGAGCCUGGCUGCAGCCUCCCGCCCUGACGGUGGAGUCUCACCCCUGUCUAAAGCCCCAGUCCUGGGGAAGCCCCUCCCAGAGUACGCACCCCCGGCUCCAGAGCCUGAAGAGAGGACAGCAGCCCGAGAGACGCCUUUGGCUCGAGUAUCUGCGCCAGCUGCACGAGCAGUCCCAGCAGUAUCCCUGGAUGCAAGAGUAUCUGGAAUACCUACAGCAGCACCCAGUCCCGGUGGCACCCGCCCUGUCCCCCAGCCCACCAGCAACCCCCCUUCCAGAUACCGUUCCCAGUGCCUCAGCAUCCCUAGCCACAGAAGCAGGGGGGCCGGAGACCUCUCCGGCCAAAUGAAUGCCUCUCAGUCCCAGGAUGCAGGAGCGUCUGGAGCCACGAUGGAACUCUUUCUUCCCCCUCCCCUUCUGCCCCCCACUUACCUCUGCUCCAUGAUCCAUGAUCUGGUCGGCUUCCUGGGCCCAGGCAGCCGUUUGACCGGAACUGUCUCUUUGAUGUACUUUGAGUUACACAAUGGAUUCCUCUUUUGUUGUUGAGGGACAGAAAUGGUCCUGAACCUUUGCUCUGAGAUGGAUGAUGGAACUCGGGGUGUCUUAGUCUGAGCCGCGUGGACGGGUAGUCACGCUGGGUUUUGUUCCCCUACUUCUGCUCGAUCCACAGUCAAUCAUUGGGAAUUCUGCCCCUGCUUCGAGAAGCUCAACAACCACCAGCUUGUAGAAUGAUGCUCGUCUCUUAAUUAGCAGGUCCACGGGCCAGGGAAGAAGGGUACAAGAGACCAGAGUGGUCCAGAUUGGCCUGUUCAGUAUUAGUCCAAAAUUAAGGAAAAGCUUCAUGGUGCCAUACUUGCCUUACCCCUAGACAGUCCGUGGGCCAUCCAUCACUGGUCUCUGGGGAGUCAUUUAGAAAGUACCUCGAGCGAUCAUGUCAGAAAUGGAAGCCCUCCUGUGUCUUUGGAGUUAUCCUACCAACACGAGACUUUUCUUGAAGCUGACGUUAAAAAACCCUGAAUUGAAUGCCAAUAUUUGUUACCUAGCUCUAUUAUUCAAAGACCACCUUGGGAGGGCAUGGCUGUGAAUGAACCUGUAUGAAGUGGGCACGUGUAGACCACGUUCUUCUCCCUGAGUGGAGGAAGGGGAGCCUCCCUCAUGAACUCUGCAGUUAAGCCUUAAGCCUAUCAAAAAGGAAUAGAAGAUGGCAAUAAUAACAGUCGUAUUUUUACAGUUAACAGAAUAUUCUCCUUCUCCUAAGCUUGGAGGUAGAUGCUGGUGAAGUCCAGUGAUUGGCUCUGCCAGGACUUCAAUCCUCGAAGUCCUGUUUUCUUCUUCUCUAGGCAGGACUUCGGGGUUCCCCGUCCUCCCUUCCUCUUCUUUCUCCAAGGCCCAAUUUUGUCCUUGGCUUCCCCUGUUAGGUAGCAGGUGCUUCUAGUGGAGAGAGACCAGAUUUUGAAACCUUUGGCCAAACCGGAGCCUCUGAUGGAGUUAGCCAUGAUGAUGAUGAUGAUGAUGAUGAUGAUGAUGAUGAUGAUGAUGAUGAUGAUGAUGAUGUUGAUGAUGAUGUUGUCCCUAUCCCUAUCUUUUUUCUUCCCUCAUUCCUUCAGGGAAGCGGCGUGGCCUGACCUAUAGAGAUCCCAGCUUCUGGUUUCACAGUGUGACCCUGAGCAGACCAUUUCACUCCUUGGGACCUUGGUUGGUUGGGCUAGGUCACUGACUUCCAAGGUUCCUUCCUACUUUCACCUGAUCCUCCUUUUCUCUCCCCUGAGCACUUCUUUGUUUUUUUCACCCUUGAGAAGCUAAAUUCGUCCUUCAAGGCUCAUCUCAGGGGAUAUUUUGUAUGGGAAGCCUUUGCUCAUCUCCCUCCUUAUUACCUAGGUAAAUAUUGAAUUCCCAGUAGACUAUAAGCUUUGGGGUGGGUUAGGGUGGGACUGGGGUGGGGGGAAGGGAGUCUUUUCUUUUCCCUAUUUUUGUAUCAUUUCCCAUAGUGUCACUACCUGUCAUGGGCACUUAGUUUAUACUUAGAGAAUCAGACACUCAUGUGAGGAUUUAUUUUAGUCAGUCCCCUGCAGCAGUACUUGCUUGAUAACUAUUGGUGGAAUAAACGUUGCGUCUAAAGAGAGGACCUUCAAAAAGGGCAGUGCUGAAGCCAAAGAAAUGAACCUCCAGUGGUGGGCUUGUCGACAAUAUGGCAGUCCAGUGGGCAAGGAAUUUAGCUAGGAGGAAGAGGAAGAGUGGCUUUAUGUGGGCAUCCACCAAGAGAGAUCAACCCUUUUCAGAUUAAAAAAAAAAGAAGCCUGCCUCCUUGGGAUUUUCCUGGAUUAUCGGGACUCAACACUUAACUGAAACCAUGGGUUAAGGAUGAGGAGUAGGUUGGGUCUUUGAAGUGCUGAAGAACCUCCGAGUAGGGAGGAUGGGGUACUGCCUUCCCUUCCCUUUCAUUCCUUUCUAGAGCCAGCCGUGCUUCCUGGGUGUUCAGGAUGAUAGACAAUGCCACUAAGUCAAUGCUGAAGACGGAUGUUCACUUGACCUUGUUUUUUUGUUUUGUUUUGUUUUGUUUUUGUAAAAAGCUCACCAUCCUGAGACUGUCUGCCUCCAGCUGCUUUUAGUGAAUUAAUAACCUCAUUCUGUGAAGUGGAUCCCUGGGCAGCGGGGGAAGGUUGCCGCUGCUACCCUUGGAUCUGAACCAAACAGCAGCUGUCUUGUUAUCUUUGGAAAUAUCCUUGUCUCCCUUUCCCAAUGAUUCAGUCAUGUGAUAUGCCAACCCUGUUGGCAGGGACUAAGUUGUAUUUUUAUCACCCUAUUUAUGUCAAUAAACUUCAAUGACUUUUGGUUA